CAGAGGUGGGGGUUGGGAAGGGACUGAUAAACAUGGGGGUAUGAAGGAACGGGGGGCGAGGAAGGGAGGGAGUAACACUUGGGCAGCCACAGCCCCGCACUGGCAGCAACAGGCACUUCCCACCGCGCCUUGAUAGUCAACGCACGCACCAUGACGCUCAGGUACUGGUUGGCACUGCUGUGUGUGACGCUUUCCUGCGGCGUCCUCUGCGACGCCUACAACAACCGGCUCGACGGCCACUCUGAGCGGGCACAAGCCGGCGGUGUGUGGACACAGCUGGGGUGGCCGGCACUCCCGGACUUCGGGCGGCAGGUGUACACGCGGCCCAGAUACAGCCACAGCAGGCGGCUCUACGCCCAGCGGUCUUUCCCUACUGCAGGCGAGGCGUCCGGCCAUGCUCGGUGGGCCAGCGCCAGGCAGGCGUCGGCCCUCUCCCAGCCCCGCGUGCAGCACCACGCCCUGGCAGACAGGUACCACGCGGCCUCGCCAUGGACUGGCCGCCUCCUGAAGCCACACCAGCCCAGUCACACCGUCCACAGGUCACACCAGUCCAGCCAAACCGAGGACAGGGUGGUAGUGAGUCCCGCCCCCGCGACACGGCGUGAGGACGCGCGCCCAGCCGCCCAGCUCUUGUCCAGCCCCAGAGCGGGGCGGCGGCGGCCGGGUCACCAGUGGUUGGUGCCGCGCAGGUACCUGACAUCGCCGGACUCAGGGCGAGGCCAAGGUGCCGUGGAGAGCUGCCGCGACGGGAAGGUUUGGCAGAAUGGGAAGUGUGAGUGUCCGUACCUCUCCAACUGGAACGAGGCCACCAGCAUGUGCGAUUGUGUGUACGGCAGCUAUCGCCACUCCUCGGGGAACUGCUACAGCUACUGAGUGAGGAGGCAAGGCUAGGGUGUGCCUCGAUAACUAAGAACAACUACUAUUGUGUUUCCUGUAUUAAUUUUGUUGUAAAGUUGUUAUUGCCAGCAUGAUUAUUAUUAUUAUUAUCUUUUUUUUUUACAGGAAAGGAAGCAGCUCAAGGGCAUAAAAAGAAGUAUAAGAAAAAGCCCACUAAACUUUGCUCUUAAAAAAAAUAUAAUAAAAAAAAAUAAAAGUAAAAA